AUGUUUCAACUACGGCAUAGUGCCACUCAUUCAUGGCGAUUUUUUUACCAAUCAGCUAGGACAAGAACUUUUAAUAUCUCAUUACGACACCUUAUUGUACCGCCAUCCCUCGGUAUAAUAUAUUAUAAUACAACUUUAUCGCAUAACAGAUCCCUCAUAUUUAAUGAUAAGCGUUUGAAGCCUGAUCCCAAUGGUGAUACAUUUGAAAUGGGUCUCUACCUAUCCUCGCAGAGAGAACUGCAAGACCAAAGACAGACAGCGUUACGAAACUCCUCCUCUAUCUUUACCAGAAUAACUCGACAAAUAUGGUUUCAAAUAACAGAUCAUGUAAUUGAACCUAUCCUUACGAUCCUUAGAUUUCUGGAAUUAUCGACUUUAUUUCUGCCCUUACUUAUUCUAUAUCCGAUAACAUAUUGUGGCCCUAUGACUUCUGAGGGGAGAGGUCCAAGCGGAUUCAUAGUAUGGGCUCGUUUACUUAAACAAGUCCUGGAAUGGGCAGGCCCCAGUUUUAUUAAAUUGGGACAGUGGGCUAGUUCAAGAAAUGAUAUAUUUGAUAAAGUAUUAUGUGAACAAUUGGGAUCUCUUCACAGCAAUGUUAGACCCCAUUCUUUACAGUAUACUAGAGAGACAGUUUGUAAAGUUUUAAAAGUGGAGCAUUUCGAUGAUGUAUUUGAAGAAUUUCAAGAGGUUCCUUUAGGGGUGGGAGCCAUUGCUCAAGUUUACGUUGGGAAACUAAGUUCUUCUUUCAUGGAUCAACAACAAUAUAAUUUACCUCUUGAGACAAAUUGGUGUGCCAUGAAAAUUAUUCAUCCACGAGUAAGAAAGCAAAUAGACAGAGACCUGAAGAUCAUGAGAUUUUUUGCCACAAUCAUUGAUAACAUUCCGACCAUGGAAUGGAUUUCAUUACCUAACGAAGUGGAGAAUUUCACGAUACUGAUGAGAUUGCAACUAGAUUUACGUAUUGAAGCUCUAAACUUGGAAAGAUUCAAUAAGAAUUUUGAAAAUUCUAUUCAAGUCAAAUUCCCGGAAGUAAUGCUACCAUUGUAUCAUAGAAAUAUCCUUUUCGAAGAAUAUAUUGGAGGGUUCCCCAUGGAAAAUUUUUUGAAGAUAAAGAAUAAAUUGAAUGAUGACGAAUUAUGCAAGAAUGUAAGUGAUCCAUUCGUUGACGCAUUUUUAAAGAUGCUGAUUCUUGAUGAUUUUAUUCAUGCUGAUUUACAUCCGGGAAAUGUAAUGCUUAGGUUCGUAAAGACAAAUCGUUAUGAUACAGAAAUAAUCUCAAGCGAGGAGGAAUCGUUUCGAAUUACCCAUUCUUUAAGAAAAAAAUAUAAUGCUAAUGAUCCCAAUUUUAUUGAAGAAAUGAGAUAUACUUUACAAAACUACAUGCCUCAAAUAUGCUUUAUUGACACAGGUUUAAUUACCGAAUUAAAUGAUAAAAACAGGGUCAAUUUCAUUGACCUAUUCAAUGCACUGGCCAGAUUUGAUGGAUAUCGUGCAGGCGAAUUGAUGAUUGAGAGAUCCAGGACACCUGAAACGGCAAUAAAUAAAGAGUUAUUUGCCGCUAAAGUGGAGAAAUUGACUGACACAGUCAAGAAGAGAACUUUUACUUUGGGAACCGUGUCUAUUGGUGAUCUACUAGAUCAAAUGCUAUCAAUGGUUAGAUACCAUCAUGUAAGAAUGGAGGGUGAUUUUGUUUCUGUAGUGGUGGCAAUCUUGUUGCUGGAAGGAAUUGGAAGACAAUUAGAUCCAGACAUGGACUUAUUCGCAAGGUUCGUAUCAUUUGUGUUGAUUUUUGGAUUUGACAAUUCAGUAUACUAA